GCGGCCCCGUGUGUUUCAGCUAGUGGAGGCGGUCUGAGCUGUGGGUUUGGAAACUACGUGGGACCGUGAGGUGUCUUGGCCGGCUACGGCGCGUGGUUUUUUGGGCUUACGCCGCUGACUGUUGUCUCCGCUCCACCCAGUCCCGGGAGAGGGAAGCGCAGGGGAGGCUCUGUGGGGACAGAGCUGGAGCCCCUGAAGGGGAAGGGAGCAGCCGGGGUUGGGGGGCGUGGAGCGCCUGCGUGCAGGGCUGCAGCCCAGAAUUGGGGAGCAAUCGAGAGGGGAGGUUCACCAUAGGCAGGGUCCGCACCAGCCGGAAUCGGGGCUGGUCCCGAGGAAGGCCUGGGGCAGCCGCGCGAUGUUUGGGGCCCGGUACCUGAUCCGAGCCCUGCGCCCCUGUUCCUCCGUUCCCUGCCCGAGACACAAACCUUCAGCCAGACUGAGCGUGCGGGAUGCUCUCGGGGCCCAGAACACGAAAGGGGAGCGCGUUAAGGUCCAGGGAUGGAUUCGUUCAGUCCGAUCCCAGAAGGAAGUCUUGUUCCUGCAUAUAAAUGAUGGAUCGUCUUUGGAAAGCCUUCAGGUUGUAGCAGAUUCAAGCUUUGACAGUAGAGAACUGGCUUUUGGGAGUUCUGUGGAAGUUCAAGGGCAGCUGGUAAAAAGUCCAUCCAAAAAGCAAGAUGUGGAACUGAAGGCAGAAAAAAUUGAAGUUGUUGGAAAUUGCGAUGCCAAGGCUUUCCCUUUUAAAUAUAAGGAGAGGCAUCCUCUGGAGUAUCUGAGACAAUAUCCUCACCUUCGGUGUAGAACUAAUGCUCUGGGUUCUAUACUGAGGGUUCGCAGUGAAGCCACAGCUGCUAUUCAUUCUUUCUUUAAGGACAGUGGCUUUGUGCAUAUUCAUACUCCAAUAAUCACAUCCAAUGACUGUGAGGGGGCUGGAGAAUUGUUCCAAGUUGAACCUUCAAGCAAAAUUAAGGUGCCUGAGAAGAAUUUCUUCAAUGUUCCUGCUUUCUUAACUGUUUCGGGACAACUUCACCUAGAAGUGAUGUCAGGAGCUUUUACUCAAGUGUUUACCUUUGGUCCAACAUUCCGAGCAGAGAAUUCUCAGAGCCGGAGACACCUGGCAGAGUUUUAUAUGGUAGAAGCAGAGAUUUCUUUUGUUGAGAGUCUUCAAGAUCUCAUGCAGGUUAUGGAGGGACUCUUCAAGACUGCAACAAUGACGGUUCUCUCAAACUGUCCUGAAGAUGUUGAACUCUGUCACAAGUUCAUAGCUCCUGGCCAAAAGGACAGAUUAGAACAUAUGCUAAAAAACAACUUUUUAAUCCUCCUGUCCCAGAGUACAGAGGAAGAAAAGAGAACUAUUCUGACCUUAAUUCUAAUUAACAAUGAGGAUUUGGUUGGGAGAGUGGAAGUUGCUGCUGUUGAUCUUCUGGUUCCUGGAGUUGGAGAGCUCUUUGGAGGAAGCCUCAGAGAGGAACGGUACCAUUUUUUGGAGCAGCGACUGGCCAGAUCAGGACUAACAGAAGCCUACCAAUGGUAUCUGGACCUCCGUCGAUUUGGAUCUGUUCCCCAUGGAGGUUUUGGGAUGGGAUUUGAACGCUAUCUGCAGUGCAUCUUGGGAAUUGACAAUAUCAAAGAUGUUAUCCCUUUUCCAAGAUUUACUCAUUCAUGUAUUUUAUAGCCGGAAGCCUGGUUAAGGAAAAUCACCCCAUGUCAGAGGUACUGCACAUGAAUAUGCACAUAGGAGAAUGCACGUUUGAAUUUUAGAAAUGGAGAAGUUUUCGGUAUGUGACUGUCAUGCCAUAAGGUAGAGCAUGUGAAAAAUAGAAGUGAUCAUAAUUUUCUUAGAAAGUUGAGAGCAUUUCAUGGAAAGAUGAACUCCCUCAAAGAGAGGUACUUGUGGCAGGCAGAAUCUCAAAUCUGUUAUGUCAAUUAAGAAGAAAUGAAAAGACUGAACUGUGGUCUCAGAGUCCUUUCAGACUCUCAAGACAGGAUGAGAUAGUGUAUUUUAAUUUGUCUUUAAUCAUUAGAUCACUGCCCUGUGUGGCCUUUGAGAACCACUAGUAGCUAAAAAGAAAAUGUUGGAUCUUUUUUCAUGUGCCAUUUAACCUAUGAUAAAUGCCCAUCUUAUUUUCAUCACUUUACUAGACAUCACAGAAGAAAAUAUUCCUUUCAGGGUCCUAACUGAGUUAAUAAAGUUACUAUUCUGGGAAUUGAAAUCUUCUUUAAUCAGACUGGGUGAAAAAAGUGACAUUUAAUAACUGUUGAUCUUUAAUUAUAAAAGCGAAUGAGAUGCAUUAAUUAUCUAAACUGAUGACUUAUAAUUUGUUUAUAGUAGCUGUUUAUAACUUCUCUAAUAAUCAAUAAAAUAGAUUUUUGAUACCUAUGAAAGAAAAAUACAUUUUUAAAUUCCACUUGGCCUUUUCCCAGUGAAAUUUGGAAGAAAGGUAUUUUCAAUGCAAGAUGAGGAUGCCAAUAUAGCUAAACUUAAAGGAUGGGUAAUUCUGGACUCAAAAAGUAACAUCGUCUAUUAGAGUUUUUGAGAGGAUUGCUCAUUUGGGAGUUUGAGACCUGACAAUUGUAGCACUUUAUGCGUAUGAUUUUGGACAAGCCACUUAACUCUGUAUGAGUUCAUACGUCAUUUUCCUCAGAGUUGAUAUAACAGUUACAUGAAAGUGUUGUGUGUGUGUGUUUAAAACUGUGAAAUGCUACACAAAUUGUUUUUAAUUCUUUUAGUCUUCAUUAAGUUACAUAUCUAUGACUUACAGCAAAGUUGUAUACUCAGUAGAGUUUGUAUGUAUCAAAUAAGGGUAAACGGCAUGCAUGCCUACAUAAUCAAUUUUCUGUGUCUCAUUAGAUAAUUUAUCUUAGUUUAUUUCCUAA